AUGAACGGUCUGCUUCUUUGCCUUGCACUGUUCGCACUUUUCGGAUUUAUCUCUCCACAAGUUUACCUUACCACAUGUGCCAGAAUGGAUGUACCUGUUCUUAGUAAGGCUGCCAGAGCAGCUUGCAUUGCUUCAUGUAGCUUACAGAACUGUGGCACUGGUUACUGUGAAAAUAGAGGCGGACGAAAAACUUGUGUGUGCUCACGAUGUGCGAAUGGUGGAAAUGUCCCACUCGAUGCAUUAAUUAAGAAAAAGGGAAAAUAA